AUGACCGACAAGAAUCUCGAGAAUGGCCAUCAUGUCGACUAUGCUAAUGCUCCAUACUCUCAAGGAAAUGGCGCCAGUCUGCAGCAAACAGCUACGAACACGACACUCACCAAUGAGCAGUUCGAACGUCUAUAUCUGUCACCCAGGAACCAGCCUGUAGCAGGUAACCUUCGAAAGACGUUUGCCAACCCUACAGUCCUUGGUGUUGCUGGAUUCGCUGUGGGCUUGACACCCCUGUCUGCUCAGCUCAUGGGCUGGAGAGGUGCUGGAGGCGGUACGGGAGAUUCUCAGGCAACAGUCGGAGCUACCGUUUGGUUUGGUGGCAUGUGUCUGAUCAUUGCUGGUAUCCUGGAGUUCUUCCUUGGCAAUACUUUCCCUUUUCUGGUCUUUGUCACCUACGGCGCUCAUUUCCUGACGUACGGCGUUACUUUCAUCCCCGCAUGGAACGCUGUCAGCGCCUACAACGGCGGUUCCCCAUAUGCCGAAGGGACGCAAGAGCAGACGGCAGCAUUCGCCGCGGGAUUCGCAUUCUACGCCUGUACCCUCUGCGUACUAUCCUUCAUCUUCCUCAUCGCCUCUCUCCGAACGAACCUCGUCUUCUUCCUCGUCUUCGUCGCAGCGACCAUAGGCUUCGGUCUCGCGGCCGGGGCAUUUUGGAAUAUCGCGGAAGGGAAAACGGCACUUGGUCUGAGGCUCGUUGUGGGAGCUGGAGGUUCAUUCUGGGGAGCGGCUAUGUUGGGUUGGUAUCUGUUGGCGGCUUUGCUGUUUCAGAUCAUGGAGAUGCCAUUCCCGGAGCUGCCGAUUGUGGAUCUUUCGGAGAUUAUUAAGGCGAAGAAGUCAAAGGUCGUGUAG